ACAUUACAAUUUUCCUUGCUUCAAUUGUGAGUGAGUCUGUGUGCUUUUGCAAGAUUAAUGGCACGCAAAAAUAGCUCAUCUAGACUUCAGAGAAACAUGAAAGAGAGAAUUCGAAGAAUGCGUAUGAAACAUCUCCUUGCCAAACUUGCUCCCCUCGUUCAUCCAGAUCCCUCCAAGUUAUCAGGACCUGAAGUGCUGGAUCAAGCCACCAGUCAUGUGAAGCAGCUUCAAGGAAGAAUUGAGGAGCUGAUGAAUCGAAGGAAGGAGAUGCAACCUAACAUGAAAAGCAGCUCAGCAAGAAUACCGGCACUGCACAUAAGAACCAGGGAUACUAUUCUUGAAGUGAAUUUGAUAACCGGGUUGCAGAAGAACUUCAUGUUACAUGAGAUUAUCAAUGUUCUUCAAGAGGAAGGAGCCGAUAUUAUAAAUUUUAUGUAUCGUAGUACCUGUGACAGUGUUUUCUAUUCAAUUACGGCACAGGCUAUCAGUGUAAGAAUUGGCAUGGAGAUUUCGACAAUUGAGGAGAGACUAAAAGAAGUGAUUUACUGAAUCCCUUUAAGAUUUCAGAAAUAUAAAUUUAAGUAUUAAUUAGACAUCGAUAUGUGUGAGUGAGUUAAUGUGUGAGUCGUGUGAAGAGUGUAAUUGUUAUAGUACGUGAAGAGUGUUUUUGUGCCCAUCUUCCUUCCAACAGCAUUUGCUCAUGGAAUGAAAUAAAUAACAAGAAGAUAGAAUGUUUUCCUAGGUUUGAGUGUAACAGGACGAUCUGAUGAU